GACUUGUGGCGCCAAACAACGUGGUGUGGCUGAGGCUGGGGCGUUUUGUAAAAGGGGGGACGAGGCGCUUAUGCGACCAGGGAACCUAAAGCUCACCUUGCGCAACCUCACCCAACAUCCCAUACCUAAUUUACUCGAGCAUUAUCGGACUCUGUCCUGCAACACAUCUAUCGGACCCAAGCCACUUUAUAGACACUCGUCUACCAUCCAGAAUACCAGCCACGUUCUUCCCUCCCGCGCGAGAAAAUAUGCCUUCAACAGCUGUCGCCAAUCUCACACAGGAGCAAUACAAUGAUCUAGUGGACGUCUUUAAGGUCUUCGACCGAGAUGGAACCGGCGAUAUCUGCCCUACCGAGCUCCAGGUCGCCAUGAAUUCCCUCGGUCUGAAGCCGACUCUUGACGAAGUCAAACAGAUGAUUCUGGAGAUUGACGUCGAUGGCGACGGCCGCAUCAACUUUGAGGAAUUCCUCGAGAUCAUGGCUGAGCCGGCCAGGCCCGUCGGCGAGAGCAAAAACGAGCUAGUCGCCGCUUUCGAGGUCUUCGACAAGGACGGCAGCGGCUCCGUCUCGCCAAGUGAGCUACGCUCCGUCCUCAUCUCACUGGGUCAGAGGCAUUCAGAUGAGGAGAUCGACGAGAUGGUCCGGCAGGCCGAUCUGGACAGAAACGGCUCCAUCGAUUAUCACGAAUUUGUCCAACUUAUGGAUCCCAAGAAAUGA